UAUCAAAAGAAUGUCGGUCUGUGAAUAGCCUUAUUUAGACGGAACGUAAUAGGAUAAUAGUUAAUAGAUAAAAGUUACUCAAAUAUAGAAAAUAAUGCAAGCUAACAGCAUCCCGAGUACACCUGAAAUGGGAACACCACGGAGGGCCUGCAGCAGUCAGACUGAAACUGGCUCAAAGGCGUUGACUGGGCGAUCCCUGUGUAUGCAUGAACUAGAGACAAAAAAUGCUCAGCUUCGGAGGAAAGUGAGCUGUGUGGAAGAGGAGAAGGCCUGUUUACUGCUGGAGAAUAGACAUCUUAUCAGCGAGCUGGAGGCCAUACAGCUUGAGCUGGCCAGCUACAAAACCAAAGUGAGUGUCCUGGGCUCUGCAGUGGAGUCCAAAUCAUCCAGUGCCUCUCUGAUGAAAGAGCAAAUAGAGGCCAUGGAAAAUGAAAUAGACUCUCAUAGGUCAGAACUCAGAGAUUGGGAGAAAAAACACGGAGAAGUUCAAGAGAUUUUGGUCAUAAAGAACAGGCUAGUGGAGGAUCUCACAGAAGACCUCAGAGCCUUGAAGGCACAGCUUGAAGUUCAAUUCAGUCGAAGCCAAAGAAUUGAGCAGCAGAGAAAUGAAGCCCUGAGUAAUGCAGAGAAGCAGGCACAGGCUCUCCAAACAUACAAGGCAGACCUGACCCAGAGGCUCAAGAAAUUGUCAGAAAAUGAAGCCCUUCUGAAGCACAGCCUCAUUCAGUGUGACAAGGAGAAGAUGGAGGUGGAGAAGAAGAACUCCCUGCUGGAACAGGAGAAAGCAGAAAUGCACAAGCUCAUUAGUCAGCUGAAAGAAGCCGCCCAGACAGCGGAGGUCCUGAAGUCCGAGCGCGACUCCUUGCGCUCACAGCUGGACGAGGCCACGCGGCAGAGCCGCGACAUGGAGCACCGUCUGGCGUUGAAGGAGGCGGAGGUGCGGGAGACGGAGGCCUUGAGGAGGGAGAAUGCUGACCUGCACCUCCUCACCACCUCCCUGGAGCAACAGCUGGAGCAGAGCCACAAGGAGGCCCAGCAGAGCCAGACACAGCUUGCCAGCCUGGAGGCCAUCCUCGGCUUGCUGCAUCUGCGGGAGAGUGGAGGAGUGGCACUCUGUGUAAGCCCCUGUCUGUUGCCCCCUGUGUCAGCGGAUGACGUCCCCAAGCUCCAGCCAGGCGAGCAGUACCAGAGGCUGCUGCCGGUGCUCCGUAUGCUGGAGCAGGAGAGGGCGCGGCAGACCCAGCUGACCCAGGGCCUGCAGGAGCGUCUGGCCGCGGCCCAGGAGGAGGCGUCCUCCCUGCAGGCCGGCCGGGCCCAGAGGGAGCAGCUCCUCCUGCAGCUCCAGGGCCAGCUGCAGCAGAGCCUCUCCGAGCUGGCCCGGCUGGAGAGGGAGCUGAAAAAGAAGAACGCCUGUCUGGCUGCCUCAGAGAAACAGCUGGAGGAGAAGACCUCGGCCAUCUCCCUCGGUUUAGAGCACAGCUUGGAGCUGGAGCACAGCCUGGUGGAGAAGUCCAGCAGUGUCCAGCUGCUACGCAGCGCUCUGGACGCGGAGAAGAAGGACUUCCAGGCAGCCCUGGAGGAGGCCCAGAGGUUACACGCCGACCAGCGCAAGAUCCUGGAAGACCAGAUCAAAGUGCUGCAUCUGUCUGUGGAGCAGAAGGGUGCUCAGGUGGCCGAGCUGGAGAGAGAGCUGUCGUCGGCCCAGCGGGACAGGCAGGAGGCCCUGCAGAGGGCCAGCAAGCUCCAGACCUCCCUCUCCCGCAUCAGCCUGGAAUCGGAGGCCAGUAGCCAGUGUGAGCAAGAAGCCCUGCAGAGCCUGGGAGAGAAGGCCGCAGAGUACUCCAGCAGGGUGAAAGCUCUGGAGACAGCCCUGUCGUCUUGUCAGGAGGAGCUGACCAGAUGCCUGCAGCAGAUGGAAAAAGCCAAGAAGCACUUUGAGGAGCGCCUGGACGCCAAGAGCAGAGAGGUGGAGUUUCUGCAGGCAGAGUUGGAGCGCAGCAGCAGGGCCUUCGAGAGCUCCAGCCAGAAGAGCCGGCAGCUGCAGCACGCGGCCCAGCAGCUAGAGGCCCGGCUGAAGGACAGCUCCACGCGCCUCACGCACAUGGACGACAACCACACGGCUCUCCACAGACAGGUAGAGGAGCUGGAGCGUGAGCUGGAGAGGGAGAGGGCGUCGGCUGCGUCGGCUGCUGAGGAGAUGAGGAGGAGAGAGCAGGAGGUGCAGCAGCUCUGUGAGCGGGCCGAGACACGGGGCAGAGAGGCCGCCCACCUCACCACCUCUGUCACGCAGCUGACGGCGGACAUGAGUAAGACGCGCGGCGAUCUGAGCGAGCGGGAGAAGGAGCUGCUGCUGAUCCGCAGGGCCAGCGGCGCCCAGGCCUCCCAGCUGGCCCACAUGGAGAAGAUGCUCAACCAGACCAAGGGCAUGCUGGACAAGAAGGCCGAGAUGGUGCAGGAUCUGGAGGAGAAGGUGCAGCGCAGUAAGCGUGACCGGCGCAACUCUCUGCACCGCACGCAGCUGCUGGAGACGCAGAUGAAGACGGUGCGCGGCGAGCUGGUGGACACGCUGGACCACCUGCAGGAGCUGCGCAACGUGCUGCGGCGCUCACAGCAGCAGGCCGAGGAGCGCAAGGCCGCCAUGGAGAAGCUGGCCACGGGGCUCAGGGAAACACAACAGGAGUUGGAACAGAGAAAUGAGGAGGUUAAGGACAAGGACACACAACUGAAAGACAAACAGCAUGAGCUCCAGCAGAAAGCCUUGCAGCUGAGCCAGCUGGAGUCUGCCGUCCAGGAGCACCGCGCCGACAUGGAGCAGAAGCUGCUCAGCCUGCAGGAGGCCACGGAGCGGUCCGAGAGAGAGCUCAGCGAGCGCAACAAGCAGGUGGCGUUCCUGAGCGAGCGGUUGGAGCUGGUCAGGGCCCAGCUGCAGGGGAAGGAGACGCUGGAGGAGGAGGCCCUACUUCAUGUCCAGCAGCUGCGUGAGUGCAGGGAGCAGCUCCAGCGGACGGCCCAGGGUCUGCAGGAGAUGCGCAGCCGCUGCGAAAGCCUCGUCGAGCAGCUUGAGGAGCGCAGCACCCUGGGCCAGGAGAAGGUGACGCUUCUGGAGGAGGAGCUGGCCAGGACGGCGGAGCAGGCGGCCCAGACCGAGAGGAGGCUGCAGGGGGCCGUGGCCACCCUCACCCAGGAGCUGGAGGCAGCCAGGAGGCAGCACCAGGCAGAGCUGGCAGUGCUGCAGGAGAGCCAGGCGGAGAUGACGAAGGCUUCGGAGUGUGUGUCCGGCACGCUACGCCGCUCCCAGGAGCUCCUGAGCCGAGAGCUGCAGCAGACGCGCACUCAGCUGGACGAGGCCCAGCGCAACGCCGCCGCCCUGCUGGCCGAGCUGGGUGCCCGCGAGCACCUCCUGCACAGCACCAGCGAGGCCCUGCUCCUCAAGGAGUCAGAGGUCACCCGGCUAAAGACUAAAAUCUCCAGCAUGGAGCGUGGGGCGGAGCUUAGGAGCCUGUCCCAGAGUGUGGGGCUCCCUCUUCCAUCCCUCGCCGGCUCCACCAGCUCGCCUCCGCCCCACUGGAGGGCCGAGAGAAGGGCCCACACGCCAGCCGCCAGGCCCUGGCCAGCGGACGGGGACGACAGCACCGGGGAUCUGUCCUUCCUCGGCACACGGCGUGGCGAGCAGACCCAUCUGAGCCCCAGGCGACUGACCGAACGCAAGGCGGACGAGGGACAAGGCAGCCCCGCUCGCGCAUGAGCCUGUUCACUGGACACACGGGACACCUUUGAAGGAUCCACGUGAGUGGAAAACCCUUCUCACCCUUCUCUCCUGCUCUACAUUUUAGGUCUGAACUGCGCCCAAAUGGUCUUUUUUUUUCUGUUGUAUUUCCUGAGAAAUUGUAGUGGAAGAGCCUCAAAUUGCUGUAGAGGUUGUGCUUCAGAGCGUAUCUAUCAACCAUUCAGGCCUUGAAUGAAAGGGAAGUGGAUCAUUGCCAGAUCUCCAUAGCAACUUUUGUAAGCACCGAAAACAAGCAAAAAACAUUUAGG